AUGAUUGCGAAAAUGAAUGGAGUAAACGAGCAUGAGGAAUGUGGGGAACAAGAUGGGAUACCCGUACACUCGAUCACUAAUGUACCCGUUACCGAGGAGAGAAAACCAUAUAUCAACGACAAGGAAUCUAAACUCCAGCACGCAGCCGUCGCACGCGCCAAUCUCGCCCCUUCCGAACAAACACCCCAAGGAAGCACAAAAGACGACUGGGCAAAGAAACACGCCCACCAAACGGUCCUUCAACAACACUGCGACUUCUUCGACCGCGAUCACGACGGUGUGCUUUGGCCGCAGGACACCUUCAUCGGCUUCUACCGUCUAGGCCUUGGCAUCUUCUUCUCCGCUUUUGCCGUCCUGGUAAUCCACAUCAACUUUUCGUAUCCCACUUGCCCGGGCUGGCUGCCAGAUCCUUAUUUCCGCCUCUUUUUACACAAUGUGCAUCGGGCGCGUCAUGGCAGUGACACGGGAACGUAUGAUACUGAGGGCAGGUUUAUACCAGCAAAGUUUGAGGAGAUAUUUACAAAGUACGCGGACGGAAGGGAUUACCUGACAUUUCAGGACUUGAGAAAUGUGCUGUCCGGACAGAGGAACAUCAAUGAUCCAAUCGGGUGGUGUGGGUUUAUCUUCGAAUGGUCCGCGACUUAUCUGAUGCUUUGGCCCGAAGACGGUCGCCUGAUGAAGGAGGACAUACGCGCCGUCUACGACGGCAGUAUAUUCCAGAAAAUUGCCGACAAACGCGAGCAGCAAAAGAGGGUAAAGAAGGGAUGA